AUGUCAUCUGCUAUCGUAACCGACUCUCCCGAAAGGAAAAAAAUAGAGGGGAAAGAGUAUAGUGCAAAGAAACCAAAAGCUACUUUUAAGAAAAUGACUACAAAAGACUCCAUAAAAACGCUUAAAACAAAAUCAGAAAUAAAUAAAGAAAAUUCCGUUCUGCAAGAUGACUCAGAUUCGUCUGACUCUAUCGUAUUGGCUGAAUUAAAAACAAAGGGUGUUCGAAGCAAAAUAAACCCAAAGACAAAUAACAAUAGUGAUGAUUGUGUAGUUUGCAGCAAAACAUAUAAAGACAGUGAUCAAGAUUGGUUUCAGUGCAAAAUUUGUUCUGGUUGGGCUCAUGAAUGCUGUAGUAUUAAGGGGAACCUUAAUUUCUUUUGCAAGACAUGUUUCUAA